AUGAAUACGACUAGCAACACAAGGAAGAAGGGGGAAACAUCGGAAAAUGCAUCAAACGGGAGCAAAGUUGAGAAAGCACAGCAAGCUAGUGGGAAAGGUUCUAUCUUGGACAAUUUUGACAUAGCCAAGGUAUCGAAUGCUGGGUUUAAAUUGGAGUAUGUUGCACCUGAAGUGUAUGAUGAAUCGCCUGUAUGUGAAAUAGAUUUUGAAGAUAUAAAUACAGAAUUAGCGUAUUGGAAGAAUGCGAUUGUAUGCUAUAUCUUAGGAUCGUACCUACUGAUUACCAUUAUGAAUGGCUAUGUGCGCAGAAUACGGGGUAACCAUGAGGUUGAUAAGGUCUCUAUGCUGAAAAAUAGAAUUGUAUUGGUGCACUUUGACACCAUCGAGGGGAAGAAUGUGGUGCUGCAAGGGGGAAUCUACCAUUUCGAUAGCAAACCAGUUAUUGUCAAAGCUUGGAAUCCAGACAUGGAAUUUUCUAAAGAGGUACUGAGCACGUUUCCAAUAUGGGUCAAACUUCCCGGUUUGGAAUUCAAAUACUGGAGUCUGAAAGGCUUAAGUAAGAUUGGUAGCUUAAUUGGUAAGCCAUUAAUGGUGUAUAAUCACACAGAAAAUAAAAUGCGAUUGAGUUUUGCUAGAUUGCCUAUUGAGGUGAAAAUGGACACUACACUUCCAGAAAAGGUGUAUUUUGAGAAUGAGAAAGGACUGCUAAUGGAUCAAAGAGGGACUAUGACAGAGAUAGCAGAUUUCAAGCAUUGUAUUGAAAAUAGUGGACUAAUGGAGAUGUCGAAAACGGGAAACAGUUGGACAUGGAGGGUUGGACAUGGAGACGAUAGAAUAAUGUCAAAAAUUGAUUGGGUAUUCGUCAAUGCUGAUUGA